AGCACUCACGCCCAAGCCAACAGGCUCCCGACACGCUUUGCGUCCAGCCAUUGCCCUAAGGGCGGGUCUCCCGUACAGGAAAGGGCGGGGACAUCCUUGAAGGGGGCUGGGCUCCCCACUAAACCUUUCCACGUGCGCGCGGUUGCGUAGGGAACGCGACGCCAGUUACGAUGGAUAUUCAGCGGUCCCUCGAGCUCCUGCAUAUGACUGUCUAUUCUCAGAGCAUCUCUCCUUGUGGCAAAUAUUUAGCAGCUGGAAACAACUUUGGGGAGAUAGGCAUAUUCAGCCUCUCAUCAGCACUGAGUUCAGAGGCCAAGGAAGAGAGCAAGAAGCCAGUGGUAUGCUUUACGGCCCAUGAUGGUCCCAUCUAUGCCAUGGUCUCCACAGACCGGCAGCUGUUGAGCGCUGGUAAUGGUGAAGUCAAGGCCUGGAACUGGAGUGAGAUUGUGAAGAAGGGCUGCAAGGAAGCCUGGAGCAGGAGGCCACCUUACGGGAACAGCCUGGAGGUGCCAGAAAUCAACAGCCUUCAGCUUAACCUCAAGGAUAAUAGUCUUCUAAUGGCUGGGGGAGACUGUGCUAUCCACAUGAUGGAUUUGGAGUCCGGAGCCUUUACUUGUGAGUAUCGGGGCCACACCGAUUACAUCCACUGCUUGGCACUUCGGGAUCAGCUUCGAGAGUGCCUGUCAGGGAGCGAGGAUGGCACUGUGCGCCUUUGGGAUUUGCGGGCUGGAGGUCAAGUGCAGUGCAUUGAAGUGCAUAAAUAUGAGGAAUGCAGCCGGCCACAGAAUGGGAAGUGGAUCCGUUGCCUGGUAACAGACUCCGACUGGAUGGUGUGUGGUGGGGGCCCGGCACUCACUCUGUGGCACCUUCGGUCAGUCACACCCACCACAGUCUUCCCCUUGCCUCAGUGCCAGCAGCAGGUCAUGUUCUACCAGGAUCUGAUCCUCUCCGCUGGCCACAACCCAGCCAUCAACCAUUUACAGAUCAGCGGGGAAGUGAAGGCACAAAUCCCCUGCAUCCCCCGUUGCAUCCACUCUCUUUCCAUCAAUGAACAUUCGCCAGAGCACAAGGUGCUGACUGCGGCUGGAAGCAGCCACCGGAUCGAUGUCUUCACCAACUUCAGUUACCGGGCCUUUUCCCUCGCCUUCGCCUAGCGCUCCCUCCUGUUCCUUCUCUGUGUCUUUUUCCUUAGUUAAAUCUCUUUUCUGCUCUCAUAUGAGAACAGGGAUUACCUAGGUAAAUCCAUCUCCUUGGGAUUAGCUGCUUUUGGCGAGCAUCCCCUAUCUGUGCUGCCCCAUUAGGAGGAACUCUCGUUCUCAUCAUGCGUCCCGGGGUGCAAAUUUCAUGAAAUUUGGAUGCCAAUAAAAUUCAGCCAGUAUAUGUCACACCCAGGAUUGCCUCCCCUUCUGCAAUCAACAGUGCAAAGCUUUUUUGCUCACCCAAACUGCAAAUUUGGCAAUCUUGCAUUUAAUCCCCUUGCCUUCUGGUGCUGAUUGGUGAGGGGUGGGGUCUAGGUGCCCAGGUGCACACGUAGACCUAUAUCUGAAUAGUACAGCGGGAGGGAUAUUUACCUUGCCCUUCAGUGCUGGCUGGAAGAAUAUGUGGCUUUCAACAUGAGUUUCCCAACCCUGUUUUCAUUACCUAUUCCGAGACUUUUAUAAACUACGGAACAGCCUUUUGCAGAUCAAAGAGACCCGAAGGUAUGCAGUUAAUCAGGAUUAGAGCGAGUGUUUUUCUUCCAAUUCUCAGUAACACCCCCUUUCCCAGGACUCUUAUCAUUUCAAAAGAACCAGAGCUCUUAAAAAUUUAUGGCAUCUUGAAUUCUAAAAGGGGAAUAAAUUGCAAGACUCUCCUCCCACUAUGGUUAGUUUAGAUGGUCUGAAUAAGGUCCUUUCCCUUCUCCAUUUUCUUUCUUUCCUUUUUUUUUUAAACUUUCCAACUUGUGCUCAGUGAGCAUACUCACUUAUCACUAUGUACCAUAGAAAGGAAUGCAUUAAACCUAUCUCAACUGAAA